GCUACUCUCACACGCGCGCCGCCUCCACGCCGCCCGCACUCCGACAAAUCUCGUUUGCCGCCUCUUUUCGAAUUUCGCCCGCGAAGCGUGUCGCCAAUCAACCCAGAGGCGUCGUUCGUUCGAACCCGAUGGACAAACGUGAAAUACUGCCGAAAAGUUUCGCCGAAAGUGUGUUUGCAUUGUAAGGAAGCUGAAGUAAUCAUAAACACGGGAUUCAUAACCCAUGCAACGUAAUCCGAAGAAUUCAUAAUAAAUUAGCCAGAUUUAAAAAUUAUAAACGACAUUGAAUUUAAACCUUAUAGAUUAACGUAAAAUACAGCCUAAUUGUGAAUGAACCGUGAGUGUACCUAAAUAAAUAAUAACUCAAAAUUAAUUAAUUGAUCGUGUUCGGCAUUCGUAAUUGGUGCAGCAUAACUCAUUAUAAAUGCGAUUCGAUUUUAAAAAAAUAUAGAGUGACGUCAUGGUUUCAACCCAAUAGACUUGCGAGGGAACACGUUUGAAAAGUUUCGCUAGUGAAUUUAGUAGGAUUGCACUUGCGUUGUAAUACUUCAUAACCAAUUGUGUACGGAAUUUAUAAUUGAUGGAGCGUAAUGCAUAAUGAAAGCGCCACAAUUUAAAAAUUAGUCAAUACGUUGUUUCUGUAAUCGGUUUGAAUUGACUCGUUAUAUGGUUUCCAUCAAGUGACGUCAUUUGUUUAGACCUGAUAAAUUGUGAAACUCGUCCGAAAUAUUUCGCCAUUCAGGAUUGCUUUUUGUGGUGUUUUUCUCUCGACCAACCCCACAGGGGUACAAUGUGCCGCGAAAGAUUGUCUUUGGGUAAUUUUACCGCGACAGGGCGCAGGGAUUCUGUGAAAGAUCCUCGUGUUGGACCGGUUUUGUGUGUGAAGUUUCUCUCGUCUCAUCCCGCUCGGAAGUGAAGCUGUUACCGAUCAGUCACAUGUCGAGACGGAAACAAGCAAAACCACGAUCUCUGAAACGUGACGACGAAGAAGACGGUUUGGGUUCCGAUGUGGACGAGGGUGAUAAAGAGAAGUUGAAGAAAGAGAAAAAAGACGAUAUUCAACGAUUUAUCAGUGCAAUCGGCGAGGACUUGAAUGAUGGAGGAAUAGAUGGAGUGAGUUCGGGUGACGAGGACGAUGACGGUCUCUCUGCCGGACCCGACUCUCCGGGAAUUCCGUUUUCACCGACCUCUUCACUCAAGACGGGAAGUGUUGGACUCGAUCCGGACAACGAUGAUGAUGACGACAACGCUAGUUUGGCAUCAGAUGGAGUAAGUUCGGGCGACGAGGACGAUGACGGUCUCUCUGCCGGACCCGACUCUCCAGGAAUUCCGUUUUCACCGACCUCCUCACUCAAGACGGGAAGUGUUGGACUCGAUCCGGACAACGAUGAUGAUGACGACAACGCUAGUUUGGCAUCAGGAGAUUGA